AUGGCACCAACUAAAGAGUUAUCGAGUAAAGAUCAAGCCGCUAUUAAAAAUAUCUCAAAAUUAUUUGAUGAUAAAAAAUAUAAAAAAGGUUUAAAGGCAUGUGAUGCUUUCUUAAAAACCCAUCCAGAUAAUGUCGAUGCAUCAUGUUUCAAGUCAUUAAUUAUUUAUAAUAUGGAUCAAAAAGAAGAAGCCCACGAAAUUGCAAACAAAGCCAUUAAAUCAAACAUGACAAGUUCAAUUGCAUGGCACACAUUAGGUUUUCUUCAUAGACAAGAUAAAAACUAUUUAGAAGCUGGUAAAGCUUUCAAAAUGGCAUCAAAAAAUAAUAAAGAAAGUUCACAAAUCUUAAGAGAUUUAUCAUCAAUUCAAUUAUACGCAAGAGAUUUAACUGGUUUAAAAGAAAGUUAUGCAGCUUUAUUAAAAUUACAACCAUCAAUUAAAAGUCAUUGGAUUGGUUUAAUUAUCACUUAUCAUUUAAUGGGUCAACAAAAAGCAGCUUUUUCAAUUUUAGAAAAAUUCUUUGAUAUUCUCGAUGAUAAAGAAAAGACAGGUCUUAGAUACUCUGAAUUACUCCUUUACAAAUGUAUGCUUCUCGAUGAAAUGCAAGAAUACGACCAAGCCCUUAAUAUUUUAGUUAAAGAAGAAAAGAUUAUUUUAGAUAAACUUUGGGCCAAGCAAAAGCAAGCUGAAAUCUUAAUGAAAAAGAAUGAAAAUCAAAAAGCUGAAACCAUUUUAAGAAAUUUAAUUAAAUUAAAUCCAGAUAAUUUAAAUGUUCAUAAAAAACUUUGGGAAUCAAAAAAUAUCAAAAGUGAAAAUUUAGAAAAUUUAGAUCAAGAAAAAAUUAAUUUAUUAAAAGAUUUAUAUAAAGAUUUAGAACAACAAUAUCCAAAGAGUGUUUUAAUUCAAAAGAUUCCAUUGAUGUUUUUACAAGACAAACAAGAAUUUAGAGAACAUUUAGUUAAAUAUUCAGGUAAAUUCCUUACUAAAAACAUUCCAUCACUUUUCAACAGUCUCAAAUGUUUAUAUAACAACAAGGAUAAAGUUGAAGUUAUCACCCAAGUUUUCUUGGAUCAUUUACAAUCACUCAAAGAUAACCAAACCCUUUCAGGUUCAUCAGAAAAAGAAUCUCCAUCAACUAUUUUAUGGUGCUAUUAUUAUCUUGGUCAACAUUACGACAAAUUAAAUGACUUCAAAGAAUCAUUAGAUUACAUUGAACAAGGUAUUAAACACACUCCAACCUGUUUAGAUUUUUAUGUUAUUAAAGCUAAAUUAUAUAAACAUCAAGGUGAUGUUCAAAGAGCUUUUGAAGAAUAUGAUACUGCUCGUAAGUUAGAUUUAGCUGAUAGAUAUUUAAAUACCAAAUGUGCAAAAUAUGCUCUUAGAAACAACGACCCAGAUACUGCCGAGGCUAUCUUCUCUUUGAUUAAAGAUGAAAGUCAAACCCUUAUGUUCAAUAUGAGCGAAUUCCAAGUUAUUUGGUACGAAAAUGAAUUAGGUGCUGCUUAUUUAAGAUCAGGUGAUUAUGCCAAAGCCUUAAAAUUAUUCAAUUUAGUCGAAAAACACUUUGGUGAAUUUCUCGAAGAUCAAAUGGAUUUCCACAACCAUAUUCAAAAGAAAUUAACUUUAAGAUCAUAUAUUGAAUUUUUAAGAUGGGAAGAUGUUGUAUAUCAAAACAAACCAUACUUUGAUACUGCCAAAUUUGCUGCCAGAACCUUUUUAAAUAUUCAAAAGAAACCAGAAUUUGUUCUACCAUUAAAGAAGGUUCCAGCCAUCGCUAAACCACCAGCUCCACCAAAAUCAACCGAACCAAAGAAAGAUCCAUCAACUGGUUUAACCAUUCCAGAAGAUGACGAUCCAAACGGCGAAAAAUAUUUAGCAAAACAUAUGAACGACUUAUGGACACCAGCUUUAGUUUUUGUUGACAACCUUAUUAAAUUUGCUCCAAAUGAUAUCGAAGGUCAUUCUUUAUCAUGUCAAAUUAAUUUACAACAAAAGAAAUAUUUAGUUAUAUUAAAAACUUUAUUAAAAAUCAAAUCGAUCAAUGAAAAUAGUCCAUUAUAUCACAAGAAUUUAAUGGAAUUACUUAUCCAAGUUUCAAAGGAUACCGAAGUUUCAGCAAUUGUUAAAGCUGCUAUCGAAAAACAAUUAUCUUUAGCAUCCGAUACCAACUCACUUUUGGCUUUUAAUCAAUCAUUUGCAGAUAAACAUAAAGACUCUGCUCAACACCGUUUCGUAGCUGGUGAAAUUUUAUACAAGCUUUCACCAGAAUCAAAAGAUAAAGCAUUAGAAUUAAUUAUGAAUGUUAAUGGUGAAACCAAUUGGGAGCAAUGUGUAAAUAAUCUUGAAUCACUUUCAACCAUAUUACCAGAUUCAGUUAAACAAUAUAAAGAGAAAUUACAUUCAAUCUUCCCACUUGCCAAUGCCUUCGCCGAAGAACAACAAAAUUAA